CUGAACGCGGCCUCGUUUUCUGUUUUGUGACGUAAUGACGUUCCUCACGUCAGCGACGGCAGCUUCGAGGCUCCGGUACACAGGGCGUUCCAGCAACAAUACGCAGCAGCCAUGCCAACAAAAGAGUCAAAGCCAAACCUCAGCAAUUCCCAGGUAACUGAGAUUAUCAAGCGACUCUAUGGCUUGACCGUGUCCGUCAUCCGACCGUUGCCCAGUUAUGAUGAUCAGAACUUUUACGUGGCCCCCAGUGAGGGUGGGGAAUAUGUGUUGAAGGUUAUGAACUCUGAAGACAGUCAAAACAUCCCUGUUUUAGAGCUGCAGACCCACGCCAUGAACUUCUUACACCAAAGAGGCCUUCCUGCCCAGACCGCUUUGCACACUCUGACCGGCCAACUCAUGAGCCUGGAAGAAUUGGAUUGUGGUUUUGGCCUGCAGAAAUAUUUAGUGCGUUUACUUACCUACCUUCCUGGCACUACCGUAGCCAAAAUUACCUGCAGUCCUCAGAUCUUGUAUGAUGUUGGGAAAAAUGCAGCUACUUUGGAUACAGUUUUACUCCAAAUGGAGCAUCCAAACAUCAGCAUCCUUCAAAGAGAAGAUUUUAUAUGGAAUCUCUCCAGCGUUCCUCUCUUAAAAGAGUAUAUUCAUGUGAUGGAUGGGGAUCCUGUACAAAAAGUUGUCAAAGCCAUUCUGGAGCAGUACCAGAUCCAAGUCGUGCCAAAACUGCCAUUGUUUCGCAAGUGCAUUAACCAUGGAGACCUUAAUGACCACAAUCUCUUGGUGAAACCCAAUGGAACUACAAAGUACGAGCUCUCAGGGAUCCUUGAUUUUGGAGACAUGAGUUAUGGUUAUUUCAUAUUUGAGCUGGCCAUCAGCAUCAUGUAUAUGAUGAUUGAGAAUCCCAAUCCGGUAGACGUUGGAGGCCCAGUGUUGGCGGGAUGGGAAAGUGUUCUUCCACUCAACGAGGCAGAAAGAGACUCGCUCUAUUUGCUGGUUCUCUGUCGGUUCUGCCAGUCCCUGGUUCUGGCCCGACAUGCAGUGAACCAGCAGCCCGAGAAUGAGGAAUACUUGAUGAUCACUACUAGGAAAGGGCUGCACCAUCUCUGUCGUCUUUGGGAGCUGGGUAAAGAGGAAGUGGAAAGAAUAUGGUUCCAGAGUGCUGCACAGUUUGGCCAACCUUGACUUGAGCAACUGCAUGCUCACAAAGGAUAUGCAAUAAGCGGUAAUGCAUUGAAGAUAUAGUUCACCUAAAAAUUUUAUUUUAAAAACUUGAAAUAAUCAAAAUCAAUGGUGACUGUCCAAAGAGCAUCAUAAAAGUGGUCUAAAAGUAAUUUAAUUUAAAAUUCAUAUGACAUGUUUUAAGCCACACAAUUUUUGACAUUCAUUUUGGAACUUUGGUUAAAUAGACUCAAUUUUGGUUUGUUCUUCACAAAUCUCUUCGAUGGCUCCAGAAGACUCUAUGAAUACCAAUACCUUUAUUGUCAUUUGUCCAACAGUACAAAACGAAGAUAAUUUUAGUGUCUCAUUCCAGAAGUGCUCAAACCCACUUUCAAAAAUUGCACAAUAUUGCUGUGCACAUGUGAUAUGGAUCGCUUUUAUAAUAUUUGCAUAGUGCUUUCGGUACUCGAAAGACCGAGUAAACUACAUUAUUAAAAAAAUAAUAAUAUUUUGUCCCACAAAAGAUAGAAUUUUAAAGUAAAAUAACACCAAUAUGAUUGCAACAUCUACUUUGAUGUCAAAAACAAGUAUUAAGAAUAAGUAUUAAAUUAGAUUAGAAUUAAUGUGUAAAUGAGCAUGAGAUGCAAUGGCUACCAUACAGUAUAUCCCAAAACUUAAUGUAGUAUUAUACUUGAUGAUCUCUACAUUGAUGAAGUUGCACGGAAGUCAUUUCUAACACCAAUAUCAAGAAUGCUAUACUUUCCUUAAAGCAGCAGAGGUUUGUUAUUAGAGGAAAGUUCAUUCAUGAGGUCUUUAAUCUUAAAAACAUUUUUUUUUGAUUAAUUGUUAAUUGUUUCUUAUAUUUCCAUCCAAGAACAAUGAUUUUAAACUUGCACAAUUCAUAGACUAUGAUGUAUCGCUAUGUGUUGUAUAUCAUAGAGAUGGAAUGUGAUGAAAGGUCACAUACGCUUUUAUGGGCUGGGUAUGUCAUAAAUAAACUGACUGCAGCGUUUUA